AUGGCUCCUCGUUCAGCAACCCUGCUCUCAGCCUUCCUGGCUGCCACCACCGUCUACGCUCUUCCCGGUGCUCCCGCUCCUCUUGAGAAGCGUGCCGAUUGGGUAACAGCCGUAAUUGAUGGAAAGACCGUGUCUUGGGAGAACAACUGGAACGUCCCAGCACAGUCUACCCCUCCGGCUGUAGUUCCCUCUGCUUCAUCCGCACCUCAGAACAACAAUGGAGGCGAUUGGAUUACGGCAACAUACAAUGGACAGACCUUUUCGUGGCAGGCCAAUGCUCCUACUGCCGCACCGGCUUCGUCUACUCCUGCAUCGUCCCCUGCUCAGCCCACCACCGUAGCUGCACCUGCACCUGUUUCCACAGCCAGAAACACCAACCCUGAAUGUAGAGACGUCCAUAUCUUCUUGAGCAAAGGCUGGAACGAGCCUUACCCUGGUCGUCAGGGUAAGCUUGCCGGAGCCAUCUGCUACGGUCUUGAUUCUUGCGACUACGAGGACAUCCUUUUCUACAACCCCGAUGGCAGCGAUUAUUGCACUGCUGUCAAGGAGGGUGACACCAACGGCAUCAACCAGAUGACCGCCUACGCUCAGAAGUGCCCUGGCUCCAAGCUUGUCUUGUCAGGUUACUCUCAGGGUGCCAACGUUGCUGGAGACAUCCUUGGUGGAUCAGACAUCUGCGGAGGCCCCAACCCCGGUCUUGACCCCUCUACCAGCCCAGGUAACCAGCUCGGUGCCAUCCUUCUCUUCGGCGACAACAGACACGUUGCCAACCAGCCCUACAACUACCUCAGCGGUGCCUCCGUCAGCUGCAACGACCCCCGCUCCACAGACUCUCUCAACCGCAUGAACAAGUUCUCUGGUAUCAUGAGAUCUUACUGCGAUGAGUCUGACCCUGUUUGUGCUGCUGCCGGUCCCGGUCCUUUCGACGUCAACAACCAUCUUAACUACUUCGAUCUUUACUCGGACGAUGCUGCCGGUUGGGUCAAGUACAUUCUCGGCUACUAA